UGUAAUGGCCGUUAGAAAGUGUUCGCCCGGUAAAUACAAACACAAACAAGGACGAUGCAAGUUUUGAACAAAUCGUAAUCGCUUCUCUCCGUUUAGCAGAUUAAUAACACUCCUGAGCAAUAUGUUAACUUGUAUUUACUGCAGUUAAAACAGUUACGUAAGGCUGAGUUCAACUUCUAUCAAAGAUGAAUUCGAGCGUGAGGUCAGAUGUCCUCGAUCCUUCAAUGGGCAGUUUUAAACAUGUGUUUCGUGGAAUAGAGUACGUUGUAACCCUAAUGAUAGACGGGGAUAAAGAAACCUUUGUCCUUGAAGUAGAAGAUAGGCUUACAUCUGAUCAAUGGAGAGGACAGUUUGACGCUAGAUAUAUAGAAGACUUGACACACAAGACUGGAAACUUUAAACAAUUUACAGUUUUUGUGAAUAUGCUUGAGAGUGCUCUUGCAAAGGGCAGUAAUUCAGUAUCUGUUGACCUUUUGACAUAUGGUGACCUUGAAUCCCUUCGAAAUCAACAACAUCACAGAACUGGAUAUGGAACUCAGCACAUACCUGGUGCAAAAACAAGAUCACAACUACAUUCCAAGAGAUAUCUUAUUAUGACUUAUACUGUAGAGUUUGACAGGAUACAUUACCCUCUCCCUUUACCAUAUGUGGGAAAACCAGAUCCAGUUCAGUUACAGGAAACAAUAAGAAAACUGAGAGAAGAAAACCAACAUCUGAAAGAGCAGCUUAUGAAAGGUUCAAGAACUGCAGUACUGACACAUCUUCAAAAGGAGAAUGAUAAGCUUACCAAGGAAAAGUUGGAAAUACAAAAACAGUUUGAGGCAUUUCAAAGGGAAGUAAAGCACACUUCAAAGGCAAACACAGCUAAGGAAAUAAGAGUCUUGAAAAAAGUUGUGCAGAACCUGGAGAGUGAACUGAUGAAAGAAAAAAAUAAGUACCAAAGAACAAUUAAUAAGAAGAAUGAAGAACACAGGAGCAUUGUUGAAGAGCUGGAGGAAAUCCGUGCAAAUGAGCGAAAUUUAAGAGCAAGAUGUAGAAGUUUAACAAACGAACUGGCCGUGUUAAAACGAGGUCCCAGGCCGUCACCAGCCCAAACUAGUGGCUCGGCAACGAGAAGAGGCCGGGCUCCUCGACGAUCCAUCUCCCAGGAAAGAAGACCACCAUCAAAGCAAUCAUCUGGCAUGCGCAGUAGAACACCUUCACCAGCUGGUGGCAGACUCCCUCGGUUUGACCCCACGGCAUACGUGAAAGAAAAACAAAGAAAACAGAAGGAGGCUGAUGAAGCCAGAGGGGUUGAUUGUCCUUUUAUUGUCCCAUUACAUUUUUUUAAAAGAUCGCUUUCCAGCGGAUCUGCGAGAAGAGGACGAUCGAGGUCCCUAUCGGCAGAUCGUUUACCUCGCAAAGGCCCUAGUUCAGGAACAAGGAAUCCGGGGAGCGCCUGGUCUUCAGGUGGUAAAAGAAGAACCUCGUCCAACGGGAGCCUGGGAACAAGGCGAUCGUCCCAGUCUUCGUUAGACAAGGAUUACAUGUCUGAUGACAUGGAGCAUGCGCAACGACGACGGCCAAGAACUAGACCCAGUAACAAUUCAACAGGGAAGACGAGGACUGUUGCAAAGAAAAGCUCGUGGUACAGCCCUGUGGACUCGGACAUGGAGCGGGACAUGGCAGUGAAAGUGGGACGAGUUCCUUAUUCCAGCACCCCGGAGAAUAGUCUUUCACACUCCAGAGCGUCUGAGAAGCACCAUCAUCGUGGCUCGCCAUUACGAGACAUUGGCAACGAGUCCCUGAACAGGUCAGCGGAAAUGAUGGAAAUUGAUGCGCGGCUAAACGCAUUACAGAAGUUUAUGAAAGAGAAUAUGCCGUGAUGCUUCGAUAGAUAUGCGACUUUUUUUACCAAGUGUGGAUAUUCAUUUAACCUGUAGUAUCACUGCAACAGAAAUCAAGGAAAUUAUUCAAUGGUCUUGUUACUGGUUGCAAUAAUGAUACAGUACAGUAGACCAAUUAAUCAUCAUUGCACCAAUAUUUUUAGUAGGAAAUGAUUUUAACCAUUAGUUUUAUACUGUAUGUAUUUUUUUUUUGUCUUAAACUAUGUCGUUGCUUUUAGGUUAUUGUAUUCUUAAAUGUAAAUAAAUGAUUUAUGAUCUACAGUCGAAGAUAAAGUUUGUUUUGUAUAACUUUAAUCAGUGGUUAACAGCUACGAAACUUGAAACAUUUAUGGGAAUUUUGAGGCCGUGUGAUGAAAGUUUUCAGUUAUGACUCCUUUGCUAUCUCGUUAAAGACGCUAUUUAGUUGAGAAAUCGUCAAAUAUGAGUUUCCUUUACGAACGUAUC